AUGGACUCUCUAGACCAAUACAGUAUAUCACUCAACAUGCUCUACAUGAACUGCGAACAAAGCACAUGCAAAAAUGAUAAGGGGAGGAGUGUGCAUGAGUUGGUGGUUGUGUGUGAUGAGGGUGGGAUGACAUUUGGAGUUUGGUUGGGUGAGGAAGCAGUUAGGAAUGAGAGGGGGAGGGGGUGUUAUGGGAAUGGGGCUGUUGUCCUUGUGGAGAUUCGACAGAGAAAACUUGGAAGUCUUCAAAUGGACAGGGAAGAACAAUUACAGUGUGGCAUUUUGUGA